UGGGGCAGCCCAGAGCCUCUCUCUCUCUCUCUCUCUCUUUGCUGGGGCUCCUUCCUCCUGAUGCUAUUUCCAGCAUCUGCAGGACUUUGGGUUUUGUUUACACUUGUGCGGUGUUGGAGACGUUUUGCAACGCGUCUUGUUGUGCUGAGGUUUAAAGGCCUUUCCCGCUGGACGUUAAACCGUGUCAGAUUUCGGCACUGUUAAGCGCUCUCGAGACCCUACACUGCGCGGAGGAAGCUAUAUAAGUGCAAGUUGUUGUUGUUGUUGUUGACCUUCUGCUCGGAAUCUUUGGUCGAGGCGUCUUCUUAAAGAGAAACGGCCUUUAAAGACUAGGUGGAAUUUUGGCGUCUCUAGGCCCCUGUUUCCACGUAGUCCGACGCGGAGGCCAGCCUGGAUGUGGAGAGACAGUGAGGCUCGUCUGAGGAGCAGCAGAUGGUUGUUGGAGGCUGGAAGCCUGGGGUCUCACCAGAGGCCAGUGGGAGAGGAGAGUGACUGGGAUCAAGAGCUCGACGAUGAACCAGAAUACAAGAAGCAGCUGUUCAGGCUCUUCGGCCCUCGGAUGGCAAACUACUUCUUCCAACCACUGCAGGCAAAUCCCCACCUUAGCCUGUGGGUGUCGAAGUUACUGGAAUGGAUGGGAGAUGGCGUAGGGGCUGAAGAACUGUGGAGAAUCAUUCGAGAAGAUUCCAAAAGCCACCUGUUGCAGAUCCACUCACCUGAUCUCCAGGCGUGUGCUUUGGGGAACUGGAGUGGGACGAAAGCCUCGGAUCCAUUGAGGUCACAGCGGCGCAGAGUGAAUGCAAUGUACACCAUCUCGCAGCUGAACCGGGCCAAAACCACCCUGAUCCUUAGCAAGAACCUGCUGCCCGAUCUGAACGACAGCCAGGGGCAAGUGGGGCCCAUGAGAUUCCUUACCCGCCGGAGUGGAGCUGGGAAAGCGAGCGGUCCAGAGGUAUUUAAAGAGGGCCCAAAUGUGGGAAAGUGACUUUCCAACAGUCUCUACACCCAAUGGGCAACGUGGCCAGGAACAAUCAAUCCAGGGUCAAGCUGGAUCUGAAUCGUACCUUCCGCAGUUGUACACAUGGAAUGGCGGCGAGGGACAUCAGACAUGCCUUGCCACGUGAAUAGAU